CAGUGGGAAAAAGAGUGGUAGAUGGGGCUGUGCUGCUGAAAUUAUGCAGGAGCCUAAACAAAAUUUCCUUUCAUUUGCUUUGUAGCUGUCUGAAGAAUAGCAUGAUGAAGAAAAGAUGGCUACUUCUCUCUCUGUUGUGUUUUUCACUCUCCUUGCUAAAACUUUGUGAUGGAGCCCUCAUGCUAUCUGUCCCUGAAGUGGUUUCAUUAGAAAACGGUAGCUUGACAAAUGUCACCGUGAUUCUAAGUGCCCCAUUAAAUGAGACAUUGGUGAUAACAUUUAAUGUUACAUAUUCGUCAAAAAAUGGAACCAUUGUUGAACUACCUGAUCAAGUAAUAUUGCCUACAGGUCUAAAUAAUUCUAGCUUUCAAGUGAAAGCUAAAGAUGUUGGACAAGUUACAGUUUAUCUUCAUGCCAGUAAUUCCAACCAAACUGGUCCCCGGAUUCGAUUCCAAGUGAUUCAUAGUAACAUAGUGAGGAUUAUAGACCAGGUGACUGGCUGGAUCUAUUUCUUUGCCUGGUCGAUCUCCUUCUACCCUCAGGUUUUUGAAAACUGGCGACGAAAAAGUGUUGUUGGACUAAGCUUUGACUACGUAGCAUUAAACCUCACUGGUUUCAUAGCAUACAGUGUAUUUAAUGUAGGACUUUUCUGGAUAGCCUACGUCAAGGAGCAGUUCCUACGCCAGUAUCCUAAUGGAGUGAACCCUGUGGACAGCAAUGAUGUUUUCUUCAGUCUCCAUGCAGUAGCUUUAACUCUCUUUAUAAUAUUUCAGUGCUGUAUAUAUGAGAGAGCUAGUCAAAAAGUGUCCAGAGUUGCUAUUGGGCUGCUUGUGAUUGCAUGGAUCUUCACAUUUACCACCCUGUCUGUGGCUGCAGCUGGAGAAAUCACAUGGCUACAGUUCUUAUUUUUCUUUUCUUACAUUAAACUGGGAAUCACACUGAUAAAAUACUUUCCACAGGCAUACAUGAAUUUUCGGCGGAAGAGUACUGAAGGAUGGAGCAUUGGAAAUGUGUUACUAGAUUUUACUGGUGGAAGCUUCAGCCUCCUUCAGAUGUUUUUGCAGUCUUACAACAAUGAUGAAUGGAAAUUAAUCUUUGGAGAUCCAACUAAGUUUGGACUGGGCCUCUUCUCCAUCAUCUUUGACAUAGUCUUUAUCAUCCAGCAUUACUGUCUAUAUAGAACACGGGGAUAUGAGUCUUUGGACUAGGGCCCCACCCUGAAUAGACACAACAGUACGGAUUUAUUAGCCUUAUCUCUCUACUGGCUGAGGGAUUUCCAGACUACUCACCAGGUACCAGCGUGACUAGUUCGAGAGUCAUGCUGUUG